CGUGCUGCUAAAACUCUGCGCAAGCGGGUAUCCACGAUUCACAUUCAAGACAGUGAUGCAAACAAGCCCGCUGGAAAAUAAAGGGAUUCUUGUGUGGCUCUCUUGUGGACAUAAAGACCCCUGCCUCUCUUCUCCCACUAUGCGGAGGCUCGUCGACACCCACGCAGCCCACUGAGGUCGUGUAUAAGGGCUGUUUUAUGGACGGUGGGGACCGGGGAGAGGCUGUGAGGCUGGACCGUCCGGGGCAUCAGCUGAGCUGGAGGGAGCAGCGUUAGCAAGCUAGCCUUCGUGACAGACCACGGUCGUAACGGCAACAGUCGACUUCUCAGCAAGCCGCCGCUUCACUUCGCUCAUCAUGGCUACGAAUGGGAACAAUUUAACGCCGGGGAUGGGAGAGAUCAUCCAGCUAAACGUCGGCGGGACGAGGUUCAGCACCUCCAGGCAGACUCUGAUGUGGAUCCCAGACUCUUUCUUCUCAAGUUUACUGAGUGGAAGGAUAUCCACUCUUCGGGAUGAAACUGGAGCUAUAUUUAUUGACAGAGACCCUACAGCUUUUGCACCGAUUCUGAAUUUCCUUCGAACCAAAGAACUGGAUCUGCGAGGGGUCAACAUCAGCGUCCUGCGACAUGAAGCAGAGUUCUAUGGGAUUACUCCUCUAGUACGGCGCCUGCUGCUGUGUGAGGAACUGGACCGCUCAUCAUGUGGUAGCGUGCUCUUCCAUGGUUACCUGCCACCCCCAGCCAUCCCUGCCCGUAAGUCCAGUCCUGCCUCUGCCGCCUCUGGCUCUGUCUCGGAUGAGCGGCCGGGUCCAAGUGGAGCAGAGGGUUUUACCCGCGGUGUUCCCCUUCCUCACCCCUCCUUCUCUGGCUCACCUGGAACAGAUGACAACCACAAAUUGGGUCCCAUGGUUGACCCCAGGAAAGUGUUGAUUAUAGCAGGACACCACAACUGGAUUGUAGCAGCUUAUGCACACUUUGUCAUCUGCUACAGGAUAAAGGAAUCAUCUGGAUGGCAGCAGGUGUUUUCCUCCCCCUACCUUGACUGGACCAUUGAACGUAUUGCGCUAAAUGCCAAGGUGGUGGGAGGCCCUCAUGGAGACAAGGACAAGAUGGUGGCUGCAGCCUCUGAAAGCAGCAUCAUUCUCUGGAGUAUCCAAGAUGGAGGCAGUGGGAAUGAAAUAGGUGUGUUCAGCCUCGGCGUACCUGUUGAUGAUCUCUUCUUCAUCGGGAACCAGCUGGUUGCUACGAGUCACACGGGAAAGGUUGGGGUGUGGAACGCUGUCACUCAACACUGGCAGGUUCAAGAUGUGGUUCCCAUCACCAGCUGUGACACAGCAGGAUCCUUCCUACUACUGGGCUGCAACAAUGGCUCCAUCUACUACAUAGAUAUGCAAAAGUUUCCACUGAGGAUGAAGGACAACGAUCUUUUGGUGACUGAGCUUUAUCAUGACCCUUCAAAUGAUGCCAUCACUGCACUGUCUGUCUACCUCACACCUAAAACCAGUGUGAGUGGGAACUGGAUAGAGAUAGCCUAUGGGACGAGCAGCGGUGCAGUGAGAGUGAUCGUGCAGCACCCUGAGACCGUGGGAUCAGGCCCUCAGCUCUUUCAGACGUUCACUGUGCACAGGAGCCCAGUCACAAAGAUUAUGUUGUCCGAGAAACAUCUGGUUUCAGUGUGUGCGGACAACAACCAUGUUCGGACGUGGACGGUGACCCGGUUCAGAGGGAUGAUCUCCACACAGCCGGGCUCCACCCCUCUGGCUUCCUUCAAGAUACUGUCCCUGGAGGAGACGGAGAGCCACGGCAGCUACUGCUCUGGAAACGAUAUAGGUCCAUUUGGAGAAAGAGACGAUCAGCAGGUUUUCAUCCAGAAGGUCAUCCCCAUCACCAACAAACUGUUUGUGAGGCUCUCGUCAACUGGGAAAAGGAUCUGUGAGGUUCAGUCGGUGGAUGGGACCACCAUCUCCUGCUUCAUGGUUCGGGAGUGUGAAGGUUCCAGUCGAAUGGGAUCCCGACCGCGACGUUACCUGUUCACUGGUCACGGCAACGGCAGCAUCCAAAUGUGGGACCUGACCACUGCAAUGGACACCGCUAACAAAGGAGAAGAGAGGAAGAAAGAUGACGUAGGUGGGCCUACAGAGGAGGAGCUGCUGCAGCUGCUGGACCAGUGUGAUCUGAGCACUUCCCGCUGUGCAACGCCUAACAUUAGCCCCGCCCCCUCGGUGCUGCACCACACACGCUUCCGAGAGUCCUGCUCGAGUCUGCAGUUACAGGUCCAGGAGCCCAUCCCUGAGAGCCAGGCUACCUACGGAGCUGUGCGGCCCUACAGAGAGAGCCCCCUGCUGGCCCGCGCCCGUCGAACUGAGUCCUUCCACAGCUACCGAGACUUCCAGAACUUCAGCCUGAGUCGAGGCGUCCUGGACAGCACGGGCCAGACAUCGGCCCACGGGCCCAGUCAGCCCCCCGAUGCCCGCCGAUCUCUCUGUGACUUUGGGCCUGAGGACAGUGAGAGGAGAGCUUCAGUCAUGGAGCUCUGGGCCUGUCGAACCACCAGUGUCAGCUCUAACACAAGUGUUGGAGCCAUGAGUGCUGCCGGCGUCUCUGGGGCGAAAGCAGAAAGCGGUCAAGAAUCUCCACGGCAACCUCCAGACAGCCCAGUACCAGGAGGUGACGUGAGGCGAAAGGUGCAUCCUCAGCCAGAGGAAGGGGAGGGUGUUGGAUCAGGGGGAGACGGGGUGAAGGCAGACGGAGGUGUGAGGAAGAGGGGAGUCCUAGAAGGAGGCUUUCUUGGGAGAAAGAGGGCUCCCCCUGUCCCUCACCUCUCCUCCCUCCCCUCUGGAUCUGAAGGCGGUGGCAGCGACUCGUCUGCAAAUGCUUCACCGUCUCCAACCAAACUGGCUGCCUCCACCUCGCCGCGACACAGGAAGCUGGCGCCUGAGCCGUCCAGUCAGGACAGCAGCCUGUGAAAGCGUCUUCGUUUGAUCAGUGGAAUUAUCUCGUUGAGGCUUCCUGUAGGUGCACGGAGGAGUUAUUAUUUUGGAGAUGAGGGCUGAAUACAACAGGAACAGCUAAAUCAACUGCAGGCAAUGCCACCUUCCAUUUCCACCCCGCCUUUUUUAAAUAACUACAGUUCAGGAUACUUGUUAUUUUCAGAGUGCACACAACAGAAGUGCUACCAUGGUUUAAUGAGCUCAAGUUGAAGAGUUACAACAUCCCAGCACUAACAGCAUGACAUCUCAACCAGAGCAGGAAUGCAUUUGUUGUUUGUUUUUCAAAGAUUUUAUCACUGACUCUGUUGGGUGCAACUGGAGCUCUACCAUCUCAUUCUGUGUUUUUUUUUUUUUGUUUGUUUGUUUUAGGUUGUCUUAACAGAUUGGUGAUGAUGGAAGCACUUUUAAGUUUCAGGCAUGAGUCUGAUAAGUCCCGAAGAACUGCUGAAAUAGUUUUCUCUUCCUGUGUCAAUGUUACUAACUCAAGCUCUUAAGGAACACACACUGACUACAAGAAGAGGUCUGAUGACCUGGUACUUUUAAGUGGCUGUUAUUGCUGCCUGUUUGGUUGAAGCACACGUAUUAAGUUCCAGAUAAAUUUCCUCAACAAACAGAACGAAAAAUAAGACAGAACUGAUGGUUCUAAUAGUGACUGAGGAGUCUACUAUUUAGCUCGUGAGACUCUGCUGCAAACUAGAACUGACAAAGGCGCAAUAUCAUUCAGAACGUGACCUAAACCAUUUAAACAUACAGAAAACAUUCAGAUUUUGAUACAAUUUAUAUUAAAAAAUGUCUAUAUCCUCAGAUGACAGUUAAAAAAGAAACUUUUUAGCUGGCAUCUAGUCAGAAUAUCAUAAAAAUAUGACUAUAUAAUGAUAUAAACUAGAAAAAAAUGCAGCAAAACUUCUAGGAACAACUCAUUUGGUGAUUGACCAAGCUGAGUCAAGCUGAUAUUUUCUGCACUAUUUUCAUAUAGAUUUGUCAAUUUAACCACAGCCUCUCAAAGGCAAGAUGAUCUUAACUCUUUCUGACAAUAUGUGCAAUUUGCUGUGCAGUGAAUUUUUACUUCAAAUUAAACAUGGCACCUUAAGCAGAAUCUUGUCAGCUACUUGAUUUCCGAAAAUAAUGUGCUGCAGCCAGACACACAGUGUUCAUCAUUGUUAAAGCAAUGACACUAAAAGCCAACAGUGGCUGAGUAAUUCUGCAGCUCCAGCGUGUAAUAAGACCUUCUGGGUUUGUUGAUCGACAGCUCAAUACUAUGCAACAGUGGUGUUAAGAUGCACAACAGAAACUAACACUCUGGUUUCCACAUGACAGCUCACUAAAUGGUGAAAGGCAUUUUACAUGGAUGAUGACCUGCAAAAACACUGAACCCUCACAUGAGUGUGUGCUUACUUUUCAUUUCAGAAUUUUACCUAUUAGUUCCAGUCCAAAGGCAUUAUUAAUUUACUCCUACACUAAUUAUAGUUUAACAGCCUCCUUGAUCCUCAGCAAAGGCACAAAAAUGGGAACUGUUCUGUGACACUGAGUGCAUUUCGAUUUAACAAUUUGAGUUAUUCCAUUAAACAUCUCUAAAUGUGAAUUUGAAAGCAGAUGAUAAGUGGUGCAAAGCUCGAAAAAUUGCAGUCACACAAACAGUGAGAGCGAAUCUGUUUUCACCGCUUUGUAGUAUUCAGAGAGGAGUUUUCCUUGAUUUUUAAAUAGGAAAAAAAUCAUUUGGUACACGUUUUACUGUGGGGAAAGCUCACAUUUGUGCUUAUAGCUCAUAAGUAAGAAAAACUGUUUGUGCUCCUGGUUUUUUUUCUUCACAAUAGUGCCUGUUGUGAGAUCUCGCUAAUUAUUUAUUUUUUUAUUAGAUUUUUUUUCACUAUCAACAUAAUACUACACUCAGCUUAAUAUGAGGACCUACACUACAUCACUUUACUCCAUUUGAAACAGGUUUUAAUGUGUAUUGUGUUGUGUUGGAUGACUGUUGCAGUGCCUUAUUUAACUGUUAACUGUGUGUUUGAAUUUACAAAGAUGUGACCAAAGGCUUGUGAAGGUGGAGCUCAUUGUGGAAGCCUGUGAUGGGCCUGUUCACUCUGGCUUUGGCUAGAAUUGUGUUAUGUUGGAUUUAUAACAGGCCAAAUUAGAUUAUACAAGUGGCAUUACAUAUUGAAUCACCUGUUGUAAAUAUCCUCUAUAUAGACGUAAGAUUGGAAAAUCCAAACUUCCUCUUAAAAUCUGGGGAUUUUUUAAAAUCUGUAGCUUGCCUUUGUAGUUUGAGGUGAACCAGCUUCACUUUCUCUUCUAAGCAUAUCGUGGUGAAAUAUGAUCGCAUAGUGGAAAGAAAAACAAUGCACCUUGGUUAAGAUAUUUUUGUGAAGGCCUAGAAUGACAACCUGAAAUAGCAUUGUCAUUUUAUGAGCUAAACCAACUAGAUCCUCUGGAAUAUCCACUCACAGUUGGUCUGGCCCGGCUCAUGAUCUCUGGUACUUUCUUAUAACUUUUGUGGAAACAACUGAACAAACUGGUGAUGGUUAAAAAAAAAAGAAAAAAGGAAUGAAAUAUUGAUUCUAAUUUGCCAAAUCCAGGAGCUGUGUCACAUCUUUCAUCGCUUAUUAUCUCUGUAUAAAAUACAACAGACCAUGUGGUCCCUGCUUGUACAAAGAUGUAAAUUCCAGUACAUUAACUGUACAGAAAGUACACGAACGUACUCAAAACAAAAUCCUAAAAUGGAUGCAUUGAUGUGUGUAAUGUGUGUUCAUAUAAGGCCUAUACUGAUCUUAUCAUGCUAUUGGACCUAACUGCAUUUGCACUUGCACUAUGAAGAUUAAUAGUAAAGUAACUUGCUAGUGUUUAUUUUAUAUUAAAAAAAAUAUACAGUUUAAAGUGUAUUUCAGCACAUAGUUGUUUGUCUGUUUUAUCUGUCGUCUCUCAAUCCCCCUCUGGCUAUGUUUACAUUACAUUACAGCCAGAUGCUAAUGAGCUAAAAUAAAUACAUAUCUGUUUAUGUAAACUGCCCUGGAUGUCAUUGUUUUACAUUGAAAUGCUGCAUUGUGUUGUAAUAUUAUUUAAAGUUGCCUUCAGUAUUCAUCAAACACAAAGUUGACAACUACAAUAACUCCACUCACUGAAACCUCUCUUUGUACUCAACAUCUUACUAUGUACUUUCUUAAACCGGCAGUGAUUAUUUUAAAAUAUUUUUUACAUGUUUCUCGAUCUGCAGAAUAUUCAGCUAUUUUUUACAAUUUUCAUAUUUUUUUUAAGGAUACAAAACAUUUGCUGUGCAUAUUUUAAUAUAUUGUAUUCAGUAUUAUUACGUUGUUCUUGGAUCACAAACUUGACCUCAGUUUUCUGGCCACAGAAUGGAUUAAAUGUAACACAAACAAUUGUACUUUCUUGGGGGAUUUGAGAUGCUCAAAUCUAUGAAAUGAGUAUUUUGGAUGACAAGAUGCAUUCAAACAAAAUGUCAGUGCUCAAUGAUUUAUUUAUUUAUUACACAUUAUGGCAGUAAAGGCAGUUUUCACCUUUAAAACUAGACUUGGUAAGAAAAAAAACAGGCUGAAGAAACCCUGUCAGUCACUGCUGAGUUUGUAGUGAGUGGUUUGUACGCAUAUCUUACCGUAGUGAACGAUUUUUGUUUUGUUUGAACACCACAGAGGUGUGUGUGUGUGUGUGUGUGUGUGUGUGUGUGUCUCCCCAGCGCUUUCAUUUCACUAACCUUCCUGUUCAGACAGUCUCCUCUCUGAGACGGCGUCUGUCGUCAUUGUGAUUUAUGAGUUUAAUAAAACGCUGUGUGUGUGUGUGUGUGUGUGUGUGUGUGUGUGUGUGUGUAGCUCAGGGCUAUACUGUCCCUUACAAUCACUCCACAAGCUCUCUUUUCACAACCUCUCCCUCCCUCCGUGGCUGACAAUAGCUGUGAAUGUGGCUGUGAAUGUUUUAGAAGUGCCCUUGUCAGAUUGGUGUCCUUGAGCGAGGGCACGGUUGUUACUGCCAGUUUGUUAAUUUCAAACUUGCCUUGAUGUCCCCUUGAGGGACGCAGGAGCAAAACUAAAUUACUGCUGCAUAGUUCUGAUGGAGACACCGGCCCUCAGUGUGUUCGUGCUGCUGUGUGUGACUGUGUGUGGUAACUAAGCCUCUGUACAGCUGGUGGCACAUCUGUGUUGUACUAACUCAGCAGAAAAGAGAAAUCCUAAAUCGACAUCUCAGCUAGACGACCACCACGACUCGUGAGUCAGUGUAAGGAACACACUGAGAUAGAAAACUUCAUUUAUGAUGUAUCCAGUGUGUAAACAGCAACUGAGGCAUGUCUUACAUUGCUUAUCUACAUUUACUAAAGUUUGCUAAGCUAAAUAUCCAAAUAUAUUCAUGUACACACAUUCAACUGUGUGUGCAGAGUAUUUUGUUUUCAUUAUUGCAUUUCUGCAUGUUUAAAUGAAUAUUUCAACCGAGGCACAAUAUUGCCUUCAACAUGGAACAAAUAUUCAUAUAUCAUUAGUAGAGUUUUUGCCCUGUUUUUUCAUUGUGAUGCUUAUACGUCGCCAUUUGAUUCAUAUUUUGCCUUUCCGGGCUUGAACAUCAAAGUGGUACAUUUGUGCAUCUUUUAUUUUCAGCUGCUGCUUUCAAAUGUUGACAUCUCAGUUAACAAUGGAGUAAAAAAAAAAAACAACAAA